AAUUUCCUGUAGAUUUUUCAUAAAGCCAGUUUUUGGUCAGUUAAGUAAAUAUGUCAUAAGAUGUGAUCUACAGAUGUCUGAAAGCCCCUUUAAAUAUAUUAGACAAGUGUUGAAGUGACAAAAACAGAAAUGAAAAGCGAAUGAGGAACUAAUGAGAUUAUUUAAGAAUAUUUCCCUUUGUGUGUCACGAGAAAUCAUCAGCACCUGCUUCAACAUGCCAGCAUCUUCACGGUUACUGGACGGUCAUGAACUGACGUCUCCGUAUAAGAGUCUACAUGACAGCUAUGUGUCCAGUCGCAGGGACUCCAAGUGUCCCGUCUCGGCUCUGCUGGCCGCUGGAUGUCUGCUGGUUUUGGGGAUUUUAUUGGCCGUGGCUGUAAUAGAGACGUUAAAGAAUGAGGAUCGGAUCCACGAGGCUCUGAAUCCUCCUCAGACACCGCCGUGCUGUAAUCAAAGUGGCCCCAUCGAGCAGAGCAGUAUUGUUCUGGUUGAGAGUUUUCCUCUGGGUGUGGAUUACGGGAGGAAGGUGAAGGCUGGAGUGAAUCUGUUUGAAGCCUGGAAGGAUCUUCUGUCUUCGGCCUCCAAACAGAUCGACGUGGCGUCCUUCUACUGGUGUCUGACCGGCGAAGACAUCAGCGUCAACUCCUCCAGCGACACACCGGGCAGAGAGAUUUUAGAAGAGUUCAAGGCUUUACCGUCCAGAAACGUGUCUGUGCGCGUCGUCACCAGCAUCCCCACUUUAGCUCCCAAUUCAACCGACCUGAAAGCCCUCAAAGAACAAGGAGUGCAGAUACGCCGCGUGAACUUCGGACGUUUGACUAAAGGAAUCCUUCACUCCAAGUUCUGGAUCGUGGACGGGAAACACGUCUACAUCGGCAGCGCCAACAUGGACUGGAGAGCUUUAACGCAGGUCAAAGAGCUCGGUGUGGUCAUCUAUAACUCCAGCGCUCUGGCUGCUGACCUGCAGAAGAUCUUCCAGUCCUACUGGGUCACGGGUCGCUCCAACGCCUCCAUCCCGGAUCCCUGGCCUUCCGACUAUGACACCGACAUCAACGAGGAGCGUCCGCUGCUGCUCAAUCUGAGCGGAGUGGAGAGCAAAGCUUACAUCACGGCGUCUCCGCCGGUUUUCUGUCCGGACUCUCGCACACGAGAUCUGGACGCGAUCCUGUCGGCCAUCAGAGGAGCGCAGGACUUCAUUCAUGUGGCGGUCAUGGAGUUUUAUCCGGCUUCCAAGUUCUUCCAUCAUCACGGAUACUGGCCCGUGAUUGAAGACGCUCUGAAGCGCUCGGCUGUGGACAGAAACGUCUCCGUCUGUCUGCUGGUCAGCUGUGGACAGGAAACAGAUCCGGCCGUCUGGCCCUUCAUCAGAUCAUUAGACGCGCUUAAUUCGCCGUCAGACAACAUUAACAUCGCAGUGAGAGUGUUUGUGAUUCCAGCCGGAAACCAGUCACACAUGCCUUAUUCCAGAGUCAACCACAACAAAUACCUGGUGACGGAUAAAGUGGCGUAUGUCGGCACGUCUAACUGGUCAGCUGACUACUUCAACACCACAGCCGGCGUGGCUUUGGUGCUUUCCCAGGACGCUUCGGGAAGCUCGUUCCAUCAGCAGCUGAGAGCCGUGUUUGACAGAGACUGGAGCUCUCGAUACUCUCAUCCGCUCGCUGACCUCCACCGAAUCCACGACUGCGCUUUCUCCACGUCUGCACCCUCUCAGCAUGAAACCUGAAAUACUCAUAUAUCACGUGCAUGUUAAACUGUAAUAAGUCUCUAAAUAAGAGAACUUCUGUAUUUUUAAAGAAAAAAAUGAGUCUCUUAUGCAGUACAGUUAAAUCAAUAAUACAUUGAAUAGAUAAUAGAAUAGAUGUAGCAUUUCAGUGCUCUAGCUUGAAUAUAUAUCAAAGUAAUCAAAAUUAUUAGGACAGUUUUAU